GUGUGUGUGUGUUUUUUUACUGAAGGUCUGACGGAGGAGUUUCAGGAAGUGGACUGACUCUUCAUGAAAGCUGUUGGGUUAAAACUUUCUGAACCUCCUCACAGACUCCUGAGACGGCGAGAUGAGUCUUGUCAGUGAGCACCUUCUGGCCACACUACAGGAUCUGGGAGAAAAAGACCUGAAGUCGUUUAAAUGGAACCUGAACAAAGGUGUAGGAUGUGUCCAGCGCAUCCUAUGGAGCCAGCUGGAAAAAGCAGACAGUUUAGACAUUGUGACUGCAAUGGUGCAGACAUAUGGCCAGGAUGGAGCUGUGGAGACCACACUGACCAUCCUAAAGAAGAUAAACCAGAACGAACUGGCUAAGGAACUGAGGAGCAAGGUCUCAGAAGCAAUUUGUUCCAGUACCAGCCCAGCUCAACCCGGGGGCUCUGCUAAUCCUCCUGCUUCUAUCAAAGAUGCACACAGACAAGCAGAAAGCCAGAACCUGAAGUCUAAGUUCAAACGUAGCUUUGAGACAUUGUAUGAAGGAACAACAGCAAAGGGCGGCCAUGUGUGCUUGAAUGAGGUUUACACAGAGCUCUACGCAGUGGAGGGCUGGACAGGAGGAGUGAGCACCGAGCAUGAAGUCAUAAACAUUGAGGCAGAAUCCUGGAGAUGUUGCACUGAAGACACUCCAAUCAAUUUCAGUAAACUUUUCCAAUCUGAGUCCAAGGUGUUGACAAUAGGAAUAGCUGGAGUAGGUAAAACUAUCGCUGUUCAGAAGUUUGUCCUAGACUGGGCAGAAGAAAAGUGCAAUCAAGAUGUGGAGUUUAUUUUUCUUAUUCCUUUCCGGGAGCUGAACCCUAUUAAAGAUGAAGAGUACAGCUUCCAACAGCUUCUACUUUACUUCCAUCCAGAACUCAAACAUCUGACAGAAACCGGGGUUUUUGAUGAUGAAUGCAGGAGUCUCUUCAUCUUUGAUGGACUGGAUGAGUUCAGAGUUCCGCUAAACUUUAAUCAGAAAAGACUGUCAGGUGUAACAGAGAAAGCUACAGUUGACAUGUUGCUAACGAACCUUAUCAAGGGUCACCUGCUUCCUUCUGCUCUCAUCUGGAUAACAUCCCGACCUGCAACAGCAGAUCAGAUCCCCUUGGAGAACAUUAACCUGGUGACAGAAGUACGAGGGUUUAGUGACUUGCAGAAAGACGAAUACUUCAGGAGGACACUCAAAGAUGAGCAUCAGGCCAGAAGAAUCAUCUUACAUGUUAAAGGUUCCAAAAGUCUCCACAUUAUGUGCCACAUACCAGUCUUCUGCUGGAUGAUGGCCACUGUUUUUCAGCGACUUCUAGACAGAAAACAGAGGAAAGAAUUCCCUAAAACACUAACUGAGAUGUACACAAACUUCCUCCUCAUCCAGGCCAACAUGAAAAGCCAGAAAUAUGACAAAUCACAUGAGAAAGACACAAGGAAACUUCUGAAAUCCAACAGAGAAGUGAUUAUACAACUUGCUGAGCUGGCCUUCAAGCAGCUUGUGGAGGGCAAUGUAAUAUUUUAUGAAGAAGACCUGAAAGAGUGUGGGAUCGAAAUCAACGAGCCCUCAAUGUACUAUGGGAUUUGCUCAGAAUUCUUUUUGGAGGAAUCUAUCCUUUACCAAAGGAAGGUCUACUGCUUUGUGCAUUUGAGUUUCCAGGAGUUUCUGGCUGCCUUCUAUGUGUUUUACUGCUAUGUCAGCAAGAACAUGAAGCCACUUCAAAUUUUGAAAAAAAAGAAGUGGCCUGAAGAAGUUCCUCUCCAUGAGUUACUAUGCAGAAUAGUGGAAAUAAACCUGUGGAGCAAAACUGGACGUCUAGAUCUUUUCCUCCGUUUCCUGGUGGGUCUUUCUUUGGAGUCCAAUCAGAGACUCUUACAAGGCCUCCUGACACAUGUAGAGCCCAGUGCAGAAAGCAUCAAGAGAACAGCCCAGUUCUUCAAAGACAAAAUCCAAACAGAGGACCUCCCUGCUGACAGAUCCAUCAACUUGAUUCUCUGUCUACUAGAGAUGAACGAUCAUUCUCUUUACAGUGAGAUCCAAGAGUUUCUCAGUUCAGCCAAGCACUCUGAGAAGAAGCUUAAUACUGCACACUGCUCAGCUAUUGCCUACGUACUGCAGAUGUCUGAGGAUGUGCUGGAUGAACUUGACCUAAAGAAAUACAGUGCAUCACUGGAGGGUUGUAUGAGGCUGAUCCCAGCUGUGGGGAACUGCAGGAAAGCCCUCCUUGCUUGCUGCAGUCUCACAGAGUGGUCCUGUGAUGGCUUGACAUCUGCAUUACAAAAAGUGAACUCACCACUGAGAGAGCUGGACCUGACCAACAAUGACCUGCAGGAUUCAGGAGUGAAACUGCUCUCUGCGGCGCUGGAGAGUACACAUUGCAAACUGGAGAUACUCAGAUUGUCUGGCUGUAUGAUCACAGACAAAGGCUUUUCUUCUCUGGCUUCAGCUCUGAACACAAACCCCUCUUACCUGAGAGAGCUGGACAUGAGCUACAACAAUCCAGGAGAAUCAGGACUUAGGCUGCUCACUGAUCUUCUGAAAGAUCCACAAUGCAAACUGGAGAAACUCAAUGUGGAUCAUGGAGGAGAGUUCAGGAUUAAACCAGGACUCAGAAAGUAUGCCUGUUAUCUCACCCUGGACCUGAACUCUGUGAACCCUCACCUGUCUCUGUCUGAGGGGAACAGAAAGGCAUUGUGGGUCAGAGAGCAGCAGGGGUAUCCCCAUCACCCAGAGAGAUUUGACCAGUUCUACCAGGUGGUCAGUGUGGAGGGUCUGAGUGGACGCUGUUACUGGGAGGUGGAGUGGAGCGAGAGGGCGACUGUAGCCGUGACGUAUAGAGGAAUCGACAGGAAAGCAGGAGGUUCGUGGUUUGGACACAAUGAAAAGUCCUGGAGCCUCUACUGCACCGGUCACUCUUACACAGCCCGGCACGGCGGAACUGAGGUUCCAGCCUCGUCUCCGCUCUCCAGCAGGGUGGGCGUCUAUCUGGACUGGCCGAACGGGACUCUGUCCUUCUACAGCGUCUCCUCAAACCUUAAGCUGAACCACAUACAUACGUUCCACUGUCGGUUCUCCGAGCCCAUCUACGCAGGGUUUGGGGUUGAUCCUGGAUCCUCUGUCACUCUGGCUAACGUAGAGUAACGUACAGUACAAACUUGCCUACUAAUAAAAGCACACAUGCAUUAACGUAAUUAUAGUGCAUUGCAGAUGUUUCUAUAUUUGUAAUAAAACUUUUUCAUGUU